AUGCCUCCCAAACGCCAGCCAGAUGGCACAUGCGGGUGCACGUGCCGCAGCCUAGGCGCGCGAUGGCACGGCGCGGACGCGUUCACGGGAGAGAACUUCGAGUGCGAGUGGGCGAAGAACCCCGAGACGAAAUCCUUUCCGCGUAUGACGCAGUACGGGGAGACAGGGAUGGUAAACAUCUGUCGCCGCAGUGGCGGCGCCCAGGUGCCUGUGGGCUCGUUGCAG